CCGCCCCGUGACGCGAGGCCCCGCCCAGCGGCGCCCGCUUCCAAGAUGGCGGUGACGAUGCCUGCCAGGCUGUCGGGGUGGCGGUGACGAUGGGAAGCAGAAGAGCAGCUGGUCCCAGGAUCGCUGUUGGAGUGCUGGAUGGAGCCUUUCUCUGUCCUCUGUGACAUUUCCAAUUUUAGAUAAUGCCUCACAUCUCUGCCCCCCCGGGACCCCCUGAAGUCCCCAUGAUCCCGAAGAAGACAGCUUGAACCUAGGUGAGUCCACCCCUCUCUAAAAUUGGGAGGGAGGUUCUCCAGAGACUCCUUUGAAAAGGACCUGAAUGAUGUAAGCAUCCUUGGGGGUGGGGACUGAGAGUAAUUGGCCUGAGUGGUUUGGAGAGGAGGUGGAGGAGAGUGAAACUUAGGCUGGAAAUGGCAAGUGGUAGGGCUGCUGGUGGUUACAUUCUGUUUCUUUUCGUUGCAUGACUGUACACCUAUGUGCUCCCUUCUGUGACUUUGCUCUUUGCGUCUUUUCCUCUUAACUCUUGGCACCACCUUGGUUCGUAACUGAUGAUCUCUCUGCUGGCUUGCUCUUCGCCUGCCUGCCCCCAGAACUCUCCUCUCUCCCUCCUCAGACCUGAGCCCAGGAUGUUGCGGAGGCUGCUGGAGCGGCCCUGCACACUGGCCCUGCUUGUGGGCUCCCAGCUGGCUGUCAUGAUGUACCUGUCACUGGGGGGCUUCCGAAGCCUCAGUGCCCUAUUUGGCCGAGAGCAGGGGCCGACAUUUGACUAUUCUCAUCCCCAUGAUGUCUACAGUAACCUCAGUCACCUACCUGGCGCCCCUGUUGCCCCAGGGGGCCCUCCAGCUCCUCAAGGUCUGCCCUACUGUCCAGAACGGUCUCCUCUUUUAGUGGGUCCCGUGUCCGUGUCCUUUAGCCCAGUGCCGUCACUGGCAGAGAUUGUGGAGAGGAAUCCCCGGGUGGAACCGGGGGGCCGGUACCGCCCCGCCGGGUGUGAGCCCCGCUCCCGCACAGCCGUCAUUGUGCCCCACCGGGCCCGGGAGCACCACCUUCGCCUGCUGCUCUACCACCUGCACCCCUUCCUGCAGCGUCAGCAGCUUGCGUACGGCAUCUAUGUCAUCCACCAGGCUGGAAAUGGAACAUUUAACAGGGCCAAGCUGUUAAACGUUGGGGUGCGGGAGGCCCUGCGUGACGAGGAGUGGGACUGCCUCUUCUUGCACGACGUGGACCUUCUGCCUGAGAACGACCACAAUUUGUAUGUGUGUGACCCCCGGGGACCCCGGCAUGUUGCCGUUGCCAUGAACAAGUUCGGAUACAGCCUCCCGUACCCCCAGUACUUUGGAGGAGUCUCGGCGCUCACUCCUGACCAGUACCUGAAGAUGAAUGGCUUCCCCAAUGAAUACUGGGGCUGGGGUGGUGAGGAUGACGACAUCGCUACCAGGGUGCGUCUGGCUGGGAUGAAGAUCUCUCGCCCCCCCACAUCGGUGGGGCACUACAAGAUGGUGAAGCAUCGAGGCGAUAAGGGUAACGAGGAAAACCCCCACAGAUUUGACCUCCUGGUCCGUACUCAGAAUUCCUGGACGCAAGAUGGGAUGAACUCACUGACAUACCGAUUGCUGGCUCGAGAGCUGGGGCCUCUCUAUACCAACAUCACAGCAGACAUUGGAACUGACCCUCGGGGUCCCCGGAGUCCCUCUGGUCCCCGUUACCCACCUGGUUCCUCCCAGGCCUUCCGUCAAGAGAUGCUGCAGCGCCGGCCCCCAGCCAGGCCUGGCCCUCUGCCUACUGCCAACCACACAGCCCCCCGUGGUUCACACUGACUCCUCCUUCCUGCCCUCCUCAAUCAUGAAACUGAAUCAGAGGGGUUGUACUCUCCCCACCCUCAGCUCCUCACUGGUCUUAGAGGGAUGUGGGGGGACUGAACUCCAGGCUGCGCUGGAGGCAAGGGCCUCUCCUCACUGCUGGACUGGAGCUGGGCUCCUUCAGUCCUGGGGGGUCCCUCUUUCUAGGGUCACCUGCUAGGGCUUAUGACUGUGAAUCCUUGAUGUCAUGAUUUUAUGUGAUGACUCCUCAGAGUCCCUGGCCCCUGGGGUAAGAGCAGGGCUGGACCCCAAGUCCCUUCCUCUUCCGUGGAGAGAAGAGUGAUCUGGCUUUUUCUGGGACCUCUGUGAAUAUUUAUUCUAUUUAUGGUUCCGAGGAAGUACGUUUGGUGAAGGAAGCCCCUCCCUGGGUACUUUCUGCCAGUGCUGGAGUCACUUCCUCUUCUGGACCUGGCUCAGGGGGCUGGGAUUUUGAUAUAUUUUCUAAUAAAGGACUUUGUCUUGCCUCUGC